CCAUUGAUGAAAGGCUGCUUUCUUCCAAAUGGGAUACAUAAUUGUUGAAAAGUGUCAUGCAAAAAUAACCACUCACUAUUACUGUAGUCUCCUGAUGCCGUUAGGCAUUUGAAUGACCGCCGUGGACAAAUGCCUAAAUGCUGUAUUCGAACAAAGAGGGGAGAACAAAAAGUUUCCAACUUCUAAUUCUGGGGAUUGCGAUUACACUCAUUCCUGCAUAAAAAAAGCUGUCAAAACAGUAAUGGUGAAAUUCCAGAACAAGCCAUAUGGAAAAGAAAAUCCUUUAGGACCUCUGGCAGCACACGUUAAGAAAAAACCAUUCCUUUAUUUCGGUUUACCUUUUGUAGGUAUUAUAGUGGCAGGCUCAUUUGGUUUGGCACAAUUGACGCAAACCAAGUACGAUCACCGUGACAGACGACAUACACAGGUUGCAAAAGAAGAGGCAUUAGGUAUGGAUAAAAAUCGAAGGAAACUGAGUUUGCAGGAGGAGUACUUUGUAACGUUUACAAGCAAAGACAGAGGAUGAAUGGGAACAAGUGCGAAUCAGUAGGCCUCCAGGAUCUGAGGAAAAAUAGUCCAACCCACUAUCAAUACGCCGUAUAUAGAUACCUCUGUUCAAUCCCCAUAAAUAAAUCAAUACUCUGAUGUGCAUUUGAUGUAGCCGAAGACUGCUCAAUAAUCAAAGAUAUACUUUAAAAGCUUGUGCAGUUAUUUGCAUUGAAUUGUACAGCUCCUUGAAAUAGCAA